UCAAUGGAACAGAGAAAUUUCUCAAUCGUGGCAGAAUUCAUUUUGCUGGGACUCACUGAGUCUCGUGAGUUACAGAUUUUCUUUUUUGUAUUUUUUUCAAUUAUCUAUACAGUCACUGUAUUUGGCAACCUAUUUAUUAUCCUUACUGUGAUCUUCAACUCUCAUCUUCAUUCACCCAUGUACUUCUUGCUGGCAAACCUCUCCUUCAUUGAUAUGUCCCUAGCCUCAUUUGCCACUCCCAAAAUGAUCCAUAACUUAGCCAGUAAGCACAAAGCCAUCUCCUACCAGGGUUGCAUGGCCCAGAUGUUUUUCCUCCACCUUUUUGGUGGCAGUGAAAUGAUGCUACUUGUUGCUAUGGCAAUUGAUAGAUAUAUAGCCAUAUGCAAACCCCUCCAUUACUCAACCAUCAUGAAUCAUCGUGCCUGCUUUGGGCUUGUGCUGCUCUCCUGGACCACUGGUUUUGUGCAUACCAUGAGCCAGAUGGUUUUUACAGUGACCUUGCCCUUCUGUGGUCCCAAUGUUGUGGACAGUUUUUUUUGUGAUCUUCCUCGGGUGAUCAAGCUUGCUUGCCUUGAUACUUAUGUCUUAGAGCUGUUGGUCAUUGCAGACAGUGGACUACUCUCACUCAUCUGUUUCAUCCUUUUACUCAUCUCUUAUAGCAUCAUAUUAGUUACUAUUAGACUUCACUCUUCUAGUGGGUCCUCCAAGGCUUUGUCCACUCUGUCUGCACACAUUACAGUGGUAGUUCUUUUCUUUGGACCAUGUAUCUUCAUUUAUGUGUGGCCCUUUAGCAGCAUCUCAACAGAUAAGACUCUUUCUGUGUUUUAUACCAUUUUUACCCCACUUUUGAAUCCAAUCAUCUAUACAUUCAGAAAUAAAGAUAUGAAGAGAGCUAUAAGAAAACUGAAACAUCAGCAUGUGAAUUGCAUAUGGACCUCUUAG